GGCUUGACCUUUUUCUUCUUUUGCCCUCUUACGAUUUCUUACAAUUUUCUUCCAAUUUAUCUAAUAACGACCUAGAUUCUCUUCCGAUUCUUCCUCCCGAUCAUCUAAUCAAACAUCUUUUGGUUCAAUUCCCGUCUUCCUCUGUCAAUUGAUUCUAAUUUCAGUUCUUACGAUUCCGUAAUUUUGAUUCUAGGGUUAGGGUUUCGAAAAUUUCGGACUCCGCUCUGUUCGCCGCCGAUCUUUCGUCCUCUGGUGGUCGUUCAAACUCUUUCUCUCUAUCUCUCGAUUAUUUUCUUUUUAUGUGUUUUCGUCCUCUGAUUGGGUCUUAUUUUGUAGUUAUUUUUUCCUUCUCAAUUUAUAGAUUUUCGGAGCUCUCCGAAUUCGCGCGGAAGAGUUUGAUCAUUAGAUCUUAGGGGUUAUAGGUAUAUUCUUCGGUGAAUUAUUGUCUUCCUUUUCGAUCGGCCGUAAUUUUUUGGAUUUCGUUGGUUUUCUUUAGAAUCUGGGUUUUCGGAGAAAUCUUUUCUAUCGUUUUCUCGCUAAUCCGUCGGGGGCAACCGUACGUUACCGUCGGAAAAUCACGCUCUUCUCUCUUGAUUCCUUGUCUAUCAUCAUAUUGUCCGUAAGAAUUUGGGAUUUGAUAUCUUUCUUUGAUAUUCAUUUUUUCCCGCCCAGCUGAGCUUUUAACCGGACUAUUUCUUUUGAAGGGAAUGUCUGCUUUCUUCACUCUGCUGGCUCCAUUUCUACAUUUGCAUGGCUUGAUACCGGUCAGCAACUCAACAUGGUUUAUAAAAGACCAUUUGGUGAUGAAGAGCCCUAUGAACUUUCUUUUAAGCACCCAAGGCAAUUGGAUUACAGUAACCAAUUGGGCUCGAUUGUUGAAGCCGUUCCCAGUGGUGACGUCCCUCAGAAGCCUCAAGCUUCGGUUGGUGAAGGUGAAGGUGAAUUCAGUAAAGCUCAAGGUGAUGAGAGGAUUGUACAAAACACUAUUACUGAACUGACUACGUGGGUCUAUAAGGAGUUUGGGACAACUGCUCCUCUCAGUGUCUCUAGCUUGUCAUGGGUCACCAGCAGUACAAGUGAAGAAGAUUCCAGGUCAGAGACUGCAGCCAGGGUAUCAUUCUCCCCAGAUUUCUCUGAACCGAACUAUGCUGCAAGGGUGGUUGUUCAGUCUGAUGAGAUUUACUCAUCGCUUUUGGAUUAUCCUCCUCGAAAACCAGUUCCUGUUGGACCUGAUCAUCAAGCUGAUGUUCCUGCAUGGGGCAUCCGGGGUGUUAAGAAAGCUUCUAGUUAUUUAGAUGCAUCUGAUCCAAUUUCCUUGAAACAGUCUUCAAGUUCAGACACAUUGAUUGAUGAUGACAAUCGGGAGAAGCUGAUGGGGACUUGUGUCAUUCCAAUGCACGAUUCAGAACCAUCUUACAGUGGUAACGAAUAUGGAUGUGGCCGAAUUGACUGCACCUGCCCCGAUGGUGGUUCCAUCAGGUGUGUGAGACAACAUGUCAAAGAAGUAAGGGAGAGGCUUAGAGGAACUCUUGGCCAGGAGAGUUUUGUGGAGUUGGGAUUCUGUGACAUGGGAGAAGAUGUAGCCCAGAGAUGGAGUGAAGAGGAGGAACGGGUUUUCCACCAGGUUGUGUUCUCCAAUCCUGUAUCUUUGGGCAAGAACUUCUGGGAACAUCUCUCAGUAGUCUUUCCUUCUCGUACACGAAAGGACCUUGUCAGCUAUUAUUUUAAUGUCUUUAUGCUACGGAAGCGAGCCGAGCAGAACAGGACCACCCCACUGAACAUUGACAGUGACAAUGAUGAGUGGCAGGAAAGUGAUGAUGGUGAGGAGUUUGGAAUAACGGAGGAUUACGAGGACUCUGUGGUGGAGUCACUAGUUGAUCAAGAGGAUCCUGGUUAUAACCCGGAGGACCAUGAAGAGGAUUUCAACGAGGAUGAGGAGGUUGGAGAAGAUAUUUAUGAUAAUGAUGAUUAUUGUAAUGUCAAGAGUGAUAGGGGUGGUGCUGGCGAAGAGGAUGAGGGAGGUGUGGAGAAUGUUUCAGAAACAUGUAUUGAGAAAUCACCUGCUGGUUGCAGCUUCAAUCCUGUGGUUAAGCUUGGUGUUACACACCCACAGGAUGUUGGAGAAGAUCAUGAUUUCCAAGAUGACUCUUGUACAUCCUACGAAUGUCAACACAAUGGGGAUGCAGGGAUCAUAAUGGAAGAUAGUCGAGCUGAGAGUGGUAGUAACAAGGGCUUGCAAGGCACUUACGAUUGUUUAAUUAGGGGAAUCGAACAUGGGUAUGGUUUGGAGCCUUGUGAUGCUAAAGUUUGGGAUGUUGGAUAUCUCACUGGUCCAAAAAAUGUUGAUUUCUUGCCGACAAGCAAUAUGAUUGAAGAGGUAUUCGGGGAGGAAGCUUACAAAGGCACAGAUUGCAAGAGCAUCAGCUAGCUUAGCUUUGUGGUUGCUUUGUGCUUCCUUAGCAUUCAAGGUGGCUUUUGGUAAAGCAGUGGGUAUCUUUCCCUAUUGUGAUAUAUACAUAUGUAGGGGGGAAGAGAAUCAUGGUCUAUUGUAGUCCUUUGGGGUCCAUAUCAGAAUUCUUUUCUGUUAGAUUGUGGAAUCCAAUUUUUGUUUUGUACAUUCGCAUUGUGGAAAAUGGAAGAGUUCGUUGCCUUCACUGUAAAAUAGUGGUUUAGAAGGUGAUUGGUUUCAUAAUGUGUGUUUUUAAGGUGGUUUCUUGGAAUCUUACUGUUUGUUCUGGAUUGCACAGCCUCUUUAUCACCCCACCUUCAAAAGGGCUAAAACGCCCACACUGUGAGUCUCUUUUAUAAGGGUCCACUUUCUUAGGAAGCGAAUAUAUAUUGAUUCAUAAUUUGACUUACGGGAGAGACCUGGGUUUUUUUUUUUUAAUGUAACCGUGUUUCACUUUUGUCAAUGGAAGCUCAAUUAUAAGAAAAUUCUUUC